AUGCUGAAAGCCUUCCGUAAGCGCAUCGUUACGAUGCUUGUCUCACUCAAGAGCCGCGAGGCGCUGGGAAAUGGCCCAGGAGGUACGGGCCGGGCUGGAAGUGUUGCUACGUUUGCAUCCUCGACCUCUAAUCUCCUUGUAGAAUUGCUGCCGUUUGCACCAACCGAUGAAGAGGUUGCUGAAGUUUGGGAGCGCUUCGCGAGCAAGGACCACCAUGUGCUCGACGUCCUGCUACAAAUCCUCACUCUCGUACGCUACCCCGUACGCUACCCGGCAGCACGAGAAGGCGAAGGCGAGCCGUUCUCAGCUGCGAUUACGGUACUUCUCAAGGUCAUCUUCAACUCCCCAAGUUCGCUCGAAACGAUUGAACAAGCUCUACAUGCCUUGAAGCUCCAGUUCUCGAGCGAGCUAGAUGGCUUCCUACAGUGCGCAGAGCAGCAUGCUGGAUUCACCGCCCAAGCCAUCAUUAAGGCCAACCCCAACUUCAUCAGGCGAGCAUUGGUGUUCUAUGGGUUCGUGAUCGCGCACCUGCACGACGAAGCCAAGCUGUUGGCGCUGCUGGGACCCAACUUCCCUCGAGUGAAGACCAACACGGCGGACAACACCGUUCUCACGACCCUCCUCGUUCACGGUCUUCAAUCGCCGCACACAGACAUCCGAGGGAAGGCCAUAGAGCUGAUCGGCCGCCUGUGCCUCUCUUCGGAGAAGUCGUCCACCAGAUGCCUCCCGCUCUUUGAACGCGCUUUAUCAAAGGAUUUAGAGCCUCUACGCGUCGUAGCGCUCAAGAUCAUAUGCGACCUCUGUUUCUUUUACCCGCCGCUCAACGACGUCGAGCUCACGUUCUCGUACGAUCAAGAGAGCGAGCCUUCUCCGAUGUGCUUCACAGUGCUUGUUCUCGAGUUGCUCUCCGCUCCAUCUAAAGAGAUGCAGCUCAUCGCCACAAUUGCCAUCGCUCGGAUGCUGCACCACUCGCGCUACGCCGAACCAGAGAAGCUGCUCUUGGCUUUGGCGGAUAAGUACGUUACUCCGUACUCUCUGUCGGCGGACUCCAUGUCGCUUGAAGAACAUCAGCAAAUGAUGGAGAUCAUCUACGUCUUCUUUCAAAAGUACGCCGACAGGAAGGAGGCUCAUCAACCAGAAGUCGCGAACACGGUCGUUCUUCUGGUCAUUGAAGCGCUUGAAGGGCAGGUGAUCCCUCCUGCAAUAUACAGCCUCAACCCAGAUGACCAGCUCUUUGCCUAUGCCGACGUAGAGCUGCCGCCCACAGCCGCGUUCCUUGGCUUCAAGCGCAAGGCCAAGUUCCUGCUCUCCUUCCUGGACUCGGCACUUGUGCCCACCAUUGUGGAGAGCAUCCAGUACAACGUUGCCACUUCAAUGCAAGCGGAAAUGAGCGCCGAAGAAGCGAUGACGAUCCUGGGACUUGAACUGUAG